CGAAUGAACGGCCCUACUCCUGUGGAAGUCACAUACAAGAACAUGAGAUUCCUUAUUACACACAAUCCAACCAAUGAGACCUUAAACAAAUUUAUAGAGGAACUUAAGAAGUAUGGAGUUACCACAAUAGUAAGAGUAUGUGAAGCAAUUUACGACACUACUCUCGUGGAGAAAGAAGGCAUUCAUGUUCUUGACUGGCCUUUUGAUGAUGGCACACCACCAUCCAACCAGAUUGUUGAUGAUUGGUUAAGUCUUGUAAAGAUUAAAUUUCGUGAAGAACGUGGCUGCUGUAUUGCUGUCCAUUGUGUUGCAGGCCUUGGCAGAGCUCCAUUCCUAAGACAAAAGCGGCGUGGAGCUUUUAACAGCAAGCAACUCUUUUAUCUGGAGAAGUACCGUCCUGAGAUGCGGCUGCGCUUCAAGGAUUCCAAUGGUCAUAGAAACAACUGUUGUAUCCAAUAA